UCUGACGGAUUACAGUUUUGCCCGCAGGUUUCUCAAGGCAUCGCACAGCAGCAUUGCUGUAGUCGACAAAAAGAGCCUCUGCUUGUCCGCAUCGUUCGAGGUCCAGGCGUUAGAAACCGACCAAGAUGAGCUGCUUGAACAACGAGAUGCUGUUGGGGGAUUUAGUAUCCCCCUUCAGCCAGCCGUGUUCGGUGGCUGAGGAAAGUCUGGGACUCCUAGAUGACUACCUGGAGGUGGCCGAGCCCCUCGGUUCGCAUGGGUUCUCCAGCGACAAGGCUAAGGCAGUCUCCUCCAAUUGGCUUGCUGUGGACAGUUUAGGCAACACCAUAGAUAGCAGCCAGGAGGAUGCCUUCUCUGGCAUGGAGUGGAUGGUGGAGAAGAUGGAUCUGAAGGAAUUUGACUUUGAUGCUCUGUUAGGUAUGGAACAUCUGGAAGCCACCGUCUCACCAGACGAGCUGAUGGCCACGUUGGAAGACACGUGUGAUCUCCUAUUUAAUGCUACCAUCCAGGAAUUACACAAAGAACCUCCACUGAUAAAUGACCUAAUCACCCAUCUCCCUGAAUCCCCAAUUGGAGCAGAUCCAAUGGCCCCUUUGAGUUCCCUUUGGUCUUUCCCCCUCUCCCCAGGGUCUCUGACUUCCACUCCAGACCACUCAUUUAGUUUAGAGCUAGGUAGUGAAGUGGAUGUUCUGGAAGGAGAAAAAAAGCAGGAGGGCCCCACCUUUGUGGUAGUGAUCACCAAGUCCGAGAAAGAGGAGGAGAACCACUCAGAUGACAGUGGGAUAUGCAUGAGCCCAGACUCCUACCUGGGAACCCCCCAGCACAGCCCCACCAACCCAGUUGGAUCCCCCAAUGGCACCCAGCUGCCUGCAGAGCCCCAUGGUGGCUCUGUGCGGCCCAAACCCUACGAUCACCCUGCAGAGAAGGUAGUGUCAGCCAAGGUGAAAGGAGAGAAGAAGCUGGAUAAGAAGCUGAAGAAGAUGGAGCAGAACAAGACUGCUGCCACGCGGUACCGGCAGAAGAAGAGGGCGGAACAGGAGGCACUGUCUGGGGAGUGCAGAGAGCUGGAGCAGAAGAAUCAGGCCCUGAAGGAGAAAGCAGAUUCCCUUAGCAAGGAAAUCCAGUAUUUAAAAGAUUUAAUAGAAGAGGUCCGCAAGGCCAAGGGCAAGAGAGCUAGAGUCCCCGAGUAGGCUAGUCAGUGGUUGUGUGCAUGUAUAUAAGCUUGCUGCUAAAGCUGUGUAUUGCUGUCUAAUAAAUAAUUUUGUAGUAAAUGUGCAA